UAUCGUCUGAUGCCUCCUCAUCCAGUUAAAGAAAGACAUGCCUCUUCUAAAAAAUUUAAUGCAGGGCAAAUUCCUACCAGUUGGUUUUUUGGUUUCCAAGUUCAUCACUUCAACAUAUUCGGUACUUCUAUCGUAAGCGCAGUGUGAUGACUGCAUGUAGGUAGGCUUGCGUUUCAGCUGCAAAAAUAGAGAGAGCAAAAAGGGGAAAAGAGACCAGGAGAGGCAAGAGGAGAAGAUAUGAAGAAAGAACAGAAAAUUCUAAGAGAAGAAGAUGGUGGUUGGAUGAAGAAAGGGGAUGAAAUAGUGCCAUUCUACAAGAUGUUUUCAUUCGCAGACACGUGCGACGUGGCUUUGAUGACCGUCGGCACUGUUGCGGCGGUCGGCAACGGGAUCUCGAUGUCGCUGGUGUCCUACAUCUUUGGUCAGCUCGUUAAUGCCUUUGGCUUCAGCAGCAAGGCCUCUGUAGUGCAUGAGGUUUCCAAGGUAGUUCUGAAAUAUGUAUAUUUAGCAGCAGGAUCAGGUGUUGCUUCUGUUCUACAGGUCUCAUGCUGGACGGUGACUGGAGAGAGACAAGCAAGUCGAAUUCGUGGGUUAUACCUCAAAGCUUUACUGAGACAGGACAUUGCAUUCUUUGAUAAUGAAACCACAACAGGGGAAGCAAUUGAGAGGAUAACUGGGGACACUGCACUUAUUCAGGAUGCCAUUGGUCCAAAAGCUGCAACUUUGGUGCAACUCGUUUCAACCUUCUUUGGUGGUUUUAUUGUAGCAUUUACAAGAGGCUGGAUUUUGUCUCUGAUCAUGUUGGCUAGUUUUCCUCCUAUUGUCGUUGCUUUUGGAAUCAUGUACUUCUUUCUGUCCAAAUUGUCGAGCCGUGGACGAAAGGCAUAUGCUGAAGCUGGAUCUAUAGUCGAACAAACACUUGGAUCCAUCAGAACGGUUGUAUCCUUUACAAGUGAGAAGCGAGCCAUCGACAAGUACAACAAGUUCAUAAAAGUUGCAUACAGGGCUACUGUUCACGAAGGAUUUGUCACUGGCUUAGGAACUGGCUUUAUGUUAUUUAUUUUGUUCUGCAGCUAUGGCUUAGCCAUAUGGUACGGUUCCAAGUUGAUAACUGAGAAAAGCUACAAUGGUGGAAUUGUCAUGAAUGUCAUAGAAGCCAUUGUGAUCGGGGGAAUGUCCCUUGGCCAGACAGCCCCCUGUUUGCAUGCAUUUGCAGCAGGGCAAGCAGCAGCAUAUAAAAUGUUCAAGACUAUCGAUCGGAAACCAGGCAUUGAUGCCUACGACACGAACGGCAUCGAGUUGGAAGAUAUCAAGGGCGACGUCAAACUUAAAGAUAUUUGUUUCAGUUACCCUGCAAGGCCUGAUCAGUUGAUAUUUGAUGGCUUCUCAUUACAUAUACCAAGUGGCAGAACCAUGGCUCUAGUUGGAGAGAGUGGCAGUGGGAAAUCUACUGUCAUUAGUUUGGUGGAGAGAUUUUAUGAUCCACAGGCUGGUGAGGUUCUCAUAGAUGGUGUCAACCUGAAGAGUCUGAGGCUUGGGUGGAUAAGGCAAAAGAUUGGACUUGUUAGCCAAGAGCCCGUCUUGUUUAAUGCCACUAUCAUGGAGAACAUUGCUUAUGGGAAAGAAGAAGCAACACUGGAGGAUAUUAAGAGAGCUCUUGAGCUUGCAAAUGCUGCCAAGUUUGUCGACAUGAUGCCGGAAGGCCUUGAUACAGUCGUUGGUGAGCGUGGAGCCCAACUCUCUGGUGGACAAAAACAGAGGAUUGCAAUUGCAAGAGCAAUUCUGAAGAACCCCAAGAUCUUACUUUUAGAUGAAGCUACGAGUGCAUUGGAUGCUGAGUCCGAGAGAAUAGUUCAAGAUGCAUUGGUCAGAAUCAUGUCAGGAAGGACCACCAUUGUGGUUGCUCAUCGUUUGAGCACUGUGAGGAAUUCUGAUAUGAUCUCAGUUCUGCAUCAAGGAAAACUUGUAGAACAAGGUUCGCAUGCAGAGUUGAUCAAAGACGUCGAUGGGGCGUACUCGCAACUUGUACGUCUGCAAGAGGUUAACAAACAAGUUGAAGAAUCUCCAGUGGUGUCGAGAAAAUCAUGUUCAAGUUCUGACAUUGUAAGGUCAUUGAGCAGAUCUAGGAGUUCUGGUUUUUCCCCUCAGAGAUCAAUUAGCCGAGGCUCCUCGCAUGGAGGAAUCAUUAUACCUUCUGUAGAAGAUGAACACAAGGAAAAAGGACAGAAUUAUAAUGACGUAGUGAGCAAAGAAGUGUCUGUUAGGCGACUUGCCGCAUUGAACAAACCGGAGUUGCCAGUUCUUUUGCUAGGAUCCACUGCUGCUGCCUUAUAUGGAGCGGUAUUUCCAGUUUUUGGAUUCCUCAUCUCACGUUCCAUCAAGACAUUCUACGAACCUCCACAUGAACAACGAAAAGAUGCCAGGUUUUGGACACUAAUGUAUGCACUUCUUGGGGUGUUCGCUUUCAUCUUGGCACCAGCACAGUACUACUUCUUUGCGGUGGCAGGUGGAAAUCUGGUCAAACGUAUACGGUCCUUGUUGUUUGAGAGGGUGGUGCACCAAGAGAUCAGUUGGUUUGAUAAGCCUUCAAAUUCCAGUGGGGCAAUAGGUGCAAGGCUAUCAACAGAUGCUUCGACCGUACGAGAGCUUGUAGGAGAUUCCUUGGCAGUGAUGGUUCAGAACUUAGCUUCCGCUGUCAUGGGGUUUGUGAUAGCCAUGGUUGCAAACUGGAGACUUGCACUCGUAGUCUCUAUAUUGGGACCUUUGGUGGGUUUGCAGGGGUAUCUUCAACUAAAGUUACUUGAACCAUCCAGUGCAGAUGCCAAGAAAAUGUAUGAAGAUGCUAGUCAAGUAGCAAGCGAUGCGGUCGGUAGCAUUCGAACUGUGGCAUCAUUUUGUGCAGAGAAGAGGAUUAUGGAUACUUAUGAAAAGAAAUGCAAAGUCCCUAUGAAACAUGGAGUCCGGCGAGGAGCCAUCAGUGGCUUCGGUUUUGGCUUCUCAAAUUCGGUGCUCUAUGGCACCUAUGCACUAUGUUUUUAUGUGGGCGCAAUUUUUAUUCACGACGGUCGUGCAAGUUUUACCCAAGUAUUUAUGGUCUACUUCGCUUUAACGGUAGCAGCUAUAGGAAUUUCACAAAGAGCUGCAGUUGGUCCAGAUUCCACCAAAGCGAAGGAAUCAACUGCUUCAAUUUUCACAAUUCUCGAUCAGAAAUCCAAGAUCGACUCGAGCACUGAUGAGGGUUCGGUGUUAGCAAAUGUGAGGGGAGACAUCGAGUUCCAACAUGUUAGCUUCAGAUAUCCUACCCGUCCUGAUGUGCAAAUCUUCAGAGACCUCUGCUUGAGGAUCCCCUCAAGAAAGACUGUUGCACUUGUUGGAGAGAGUGGAAGUGGAAAAUCAACAGCCAUUGCCCUGCUGGAAAGAUUCUAUGACCCAGAUUCUGGCAAAAUCUUGUUAGAUGGGGUCGAAAUCUGGAAGUUUAAGGUCGGUUGGCUUAGACAGCAGAUAGGCUUGGUAAGCCAAGAGCCGGUGUUGUUCAACGACACAAUCUAUGCCAACAUAGCUUAUGGAAAGCAGGGGGAGGUGUCAGAAGAAGAGAUCAUUGCAGCUGCUGAAACAGCAAAUGCCCAUCAUUUCAUAUCGGCGUUGCCUCAAGGAUACGACACCAACGUGGGAGAGAGAGGCAUGCAGCUAUCCGGUGGGCAAAAGCAGCGCAUAGCAAUUGCAAGAGCGGUCAUCAAGAACCCUAAGAUUCUGCUGCUUGAUGAAGCAACCAGCGCUUUAGACGUGGAAUCUGAGCAUGUGGUGCAGGAAGCAUUAGAUAGGGUGAUGGUUGGAAGGUCGACAGUGGUGGUUGCACAUCGUUUAUCCACAAUAAAAGGAGCUGAUAUAAUUGCUGUGGUAAAGAAUGGUGUGGUUGUUGAGCAAGGACGGCAUGAAGCGCUCAUAGAGUUGGCAAAUGGAGUUUAUGCUUCUCUUGUUGCAGUGGGUACAAGUUCUAGAUGAUAGAAGAAAGUUGUGAUGACUUGAAUGCAAAACUGGAGAUGGAGUACUGAAUCAUUUUCCUUCUCUCUAAUUGGAGUACCAUAGAUAUGAACACUUCGUCCUACUCAUUUUCAUGUAAGGAUGGUGGAGCACAAACAUUAAUUAUGCAUUAUUUUCAUUAUAAGAUGGCUUAUUGGCUUAGGGUCUAGUUUGGGAUAAACUCAUUUUUAUUCAA